AUGAAGGAUGUCCUUGCCUUCGAGUGGAGCUUCAAAGUGGGGCAAGCUGCAGACACCCUCAUGGCCAUUGUGGGCACCCCACGGGCGAGGGAGCUUCUCUUGCAGUGGGCAAAGACCUUCGAAGCAGAGUUGCCGCUGGUGGAAGAUUGGACGGAAGACCUGGAUGAGGAAAGUUUCAUGCCGGCCCGCCAUGCGCUGAAGAAGGACGUCAUCGAAACAGUGGGUGACGCCUGCGAAGAGAAAGCCCUGGAAUUGGUCCAGCAGGGCUACAUCCGAAUGCCUUCUUGGACGGCUGCAGACUUUAGCACCCUGGCCACACCGGAGGAGGACGACGAGCUGCGGGGACGGUUGGCGAUGUGGUUCUUGAGUGGGCUGACGCAGAAGCUGGCUCACUGCUACGACUGCUGUGGCGUCCUCAUGCGAAUGCAAGAGCGGGAGCAGACGCAGAGCCUGGCCGCGACGGUUGAGGCAACACUGGCUGCCUGCCUGCAAUUGCGCGACAUGGUGCUGGAGUCGUCGGACCUGGCAGAGCAACCAGCGACUAGGUUCCACAGUGAUGUGGACGACGAUGCCCAUCUUGUCCAGCAGCUGGGGCUCGAGUAUGACCCUCACAGGAUCGAGGAGUACUUUGCUGCCCAUCCGGGAGAGCUGGCAUCCCACUUCUUGGCUGUGGCGACGUCCGUCUUCGGGCUGUUGACUUUCGCUCUCGGUGCCACCUUGACUGCGGCCUCACGGGCGACGCUGAAGCCGUCCUCCUCGGCCGAGGCCUGGGCUUCUUGCCGCCGACACGUCGCACCGCAGGUGUUGACAACACUCUGCGAGCUGGGCCCCUCGUACAUCAAGCUGGGACAGGCCUUGGCAUCGCGCCCCGAUCUGGUCACCUCGGAGAUUGCCGACGAGUUGGUUCAGCUUCAGGACGACCUCGCACCUUUUGAUACGGCGCAAGCUCUGGAGAUUAUGUCGGAGGAGUUGGCACUUGCAGAGGAUCGGGGUUCUGCCAUGAAGCUGCUUUCGUCGCUGGAGGACUCCAAGCCCAUAGCAGCGGCCUCCCUGGGCCAAGUCUACCAAGGUUUCGUCCGGGGUCGCAAGGUGGCUGUGAAGGUGCAGCGGCCGGACGUGCGGCGCCUUGCGGCCGCGGACGCCGCGCUAUUGAGGCUCGCUGCAAGAUCGCUGUCGGCCCUCCGCAGCCCUGGCGGGGACCGCCUCGUCCGCGCGAACGUUGUCGGUGCCGUGGACGAGUUCUGUUCCCGCCUCUUUGAGGAGCUGGACUACCGCCGCGAAGCGCAUAACGCGCAGCGGUUCGCAUCGCUCUACGGCAAGGGCGGUGCCUUCCAAGACCGGCUGCCGAGACCAGGCCUAAAGAUUCCCGAUCUGGAAGCAGACCUUUGCUCGCGUCGCCUUCUGGUGAUGGAGUGGGUGGAUGGGGAGCGACUCGUUGCGGAGAGCACCUCUAGCGAGGACCUGCCUUUAGUAGAGCUGGGCAUCACAGCCACCCUGCUGCAGCUCCUCGGCACCGGCGUGAUGCACACGGAUCCGCAUGGGGGCAACCUCCUGAAGGGACCCGUCCUCGGGGCUGCCAAAACUGCUUGGUCGGGCAGGGCAAGCCCGCUCCCGCGGCAACUCGUCUACUUAGACUUCGGACUCGUGGCCGAUGUUCCUCUGCAGGUGCGAGAAGGAUUGGUCUGUGCCGUCAUGUACAUGGUAGAGCGUCGCUGGGCCGAUGUCGCAAGCCUCUUCAAUGCCCUGAUGCUCCUUCCCGACUGGGUGAUCGCCGACGCAGCAACCUUGGCCAGCUUCACGCGGGACAUCGAGCUCGCCGCAAAGGAAGCUUUGGUUUUCCCGCCGGAGACAAAGGGCUCCCAGGCAGAGGUGCCUUCACUUCGCUUCGCGGCUCUCCUGGAGCAGCUAGUGCUGCUUGCCCCAAGGUAUGAAUUCCAGCUGCCGCCCUACUUCCUGAACAACGCACGCGCGCUGGGCUGUUUGGAAGGAAUGGCGCGAACUGUCGACCCGAAUUUCAACAUUUUGGAGAAGGUGUACCCCUUCGCGCUGAACACGCUCCUGUCGAACCCGUCCGAUUCCCCGGUCUUGCGCCAGACGCUGUGCAACCUCUGCAGUGACAGAGACGGACGGCUCUCGCUCGGCCGCGCUACUGCGCUGGUGGACUCCGCGGCCGUGAUGACAGGAAACCGCCGGCGGACAGUGGUCGCUGAUAGCCUGCGCAGCCGCGGCGGCCGGCGAUUUUUCAGGGAGCUGCUGCGCAGCGAAGCGGCCAAGUUCUGGGGAAAUGUUUUCGGAGGCAAGGCGCGAGACGCUGAAGAGCAAACCGCUGUGAGCGGACGAAAUAGUGCGAAAGAAUUCAGGCCUUUAGGAGCACUGCUGCGCUAG